AUGGCUCUAUCCUACACAGACGCAGUCGAACGGGUUGAGAAAGAGGCGCGCCGCCAACAGGCAGCCUUCCUCGCCGACAGCGAAAAAUGCUCAAUAUUCAACGCAUGCGACCGGGCGGUUUCGGAGCCAAUCUCUAGCCCGAUUUCCACUCCCGCGUUUGAUACAUCUGCCAUGGAUGGGUUUGCGUUACAAUCGGUCGCUACGCAAGGUGCAAGUCCGGAGAGACCGGUGACAUUCGAGGUCCAGGGGACCACCACCGCAGGCGAUGAGCCGCACUCGCACUCGACGCGGAACUAUCCAAGAGAUGGGAUCCAGCCUUGUGUUGAGAUCAUGACGGGGGCGCCGUUUCCUGUUGGACCAGAUGGCGAUCGGUUAGACUGCUGUGUUCCCAUUGAGGAUGUAGUGCUGCUUGAGAACAAGCUCUCGAGUCGUCGGUACAUUUCGCUCUCCAAACCAGCGAAAUGGCGCCAGCAUCGACGACUCGCCGGUGGUGAUUUUUCCAGAAAUGACCGGAUCAUUGGGGUCGGCGAGCGCGUCAAUCCCCAGCACAUCAUGGCAAUGGCAUCGGUCGGCCUGGCCGAAAUUCCAGUAUUGCGCAAGCCACGGAUUGCCAUCUUCUCAACGGGCUGCGAGCUGAUGUCCUCGGAAGCUGCAUCUCAUCGCUUCAUGAUCCACGACGCAAAUGGCCCAUAUCUAUCGGCGAUGCUGAAAAAGUACGGCGCAGAUGUCGACUUUCGUGGAGUCGUCCGCGACAGCCCAAUUGCCAUGGAGAACGCGCUUCUUGAAGCCCUCGGCCAGAACAAGUACGAUGUGAUUUUGACAUCUGGUGCAGUCUCAGCAGGCCGUUGCGAUAUGAUUCCCGGCGUGAUAAGCAGCAUAGGAGGCCGGACUGUUUUCCACAAGGUCGCCGUCAAGCCCGGCCAUCCCGUCCUCUUCUCCGUCCUUCCAAGGGGAGGACAGGGCGAGACGGCAUUCUUCGGUCUUCCUGGGAAUCCAGUGGCAGCCACGGCCUGUCUUCGGUUCAUUGUGCUGCCAUACCUGCGGACGCUGCAAUGCCAGUUGCGAGAACGGCCACAAUCUGCUCGGGUACAAGUACCCAAGUCGAGUAAGGCAGCGCUAGCCUUUCGAAAAGAAGCUGACAUUUUCCGACCGGCCAUUCUGAGCCCGUGUCGACAGACGGUGCAGAUCAUUGAGGACCACAGUCCGGGGAAGACGAAGCCGUUUCUGCACGCAAACUGUUGGGCGCAUAUUCCAAGCGCAGUCGAGCAGGUAUGUGACGGGGAAGCGGUGGACGCGUAUCCUUGCGAUCUCGAGUAG